AUGAACAAGCCACUGAGCACCGCAGCCAGGCACUUCUUCCUCUCGCGGCGCAACAGCAGAUUGUUCUCAUCCAUCCCGACGGAACUAACCAGCAGUCAACAGAAGCUCCUGGUACAGCUAGCCAAAAGAACCGUUUCCAAAACAGGGGAUGGCAGAACCCAUCAGAAAAUCACCAAAAUUCAGGAGCGGUCCAAAGUGUUGAAGACUCUGCAUGACGACUUAGAUGUGUACGCGGAGCUCUUCCGGGAGAGUGGCUUGCUCGACGAGGGGGACACCUUCGGCAGGGCCCUCCAGGGGGUGCCUUCCCCCUCCGCGAUGGGCGCAAAGGUGGGUGCAAGGGUAGAUGCAAAGGUAGGUGCAGACGCAAAGGUAGAUGCACAGGCAGAUGCAAAGGCAGAUGCAGAUGUAGGCGCACACGCACACGCAGACACACACAAUGACGAUGACGUCCGGCAGCUCCUGCGCGCCGUCGAAGACGUGGGGAGCCUGCUCCUGCAGGAUGUGGUUGACUUCUACAAGAGCGUCGUCAACGCGGAACACCACUUGGACACGGACGAGGUGAAGCUGGAGAUCACCCCCGGCGUGGGGGGCCUCGAAGCCAAGCUGUUCUGCAGCGACCUGCUGAGCAUGUACGAGCACUUCUGCAAACUGAAGGACUUCCAGUGCACCCUCAUAAGAGGCGAAAGCGACGAUGCGAAGGAUGGCCACAGAAACAUCGUCGCUGUGGUGAAGGGAGAACGCGUGUAUGAGCACUUCGUCCAAGAGAAUGGCAUCCACCGAGUGCAGCGAGUACCAGUCAACAGUAAAAAAAUACAAACGUCCACAUCAGUCGUCUUCGUUUAUGAUGAGGAAAGCUUAAGAAAAAAAAUAAAAAAAAAAAUGAACCUAAAAAAAAGCGAUCUUAUAAUUGAAACAAAGAGAUCUGGGGGACCGGGAGGACAAAGCGUUAAUAAAAAUGAAACUUGUGUUAAGGUCCUCCACAAGCCAACCAACAUAUCUGUGGAGGUGCAAAAAACGUCCAGCCAAAUGCAAAACAGGAACAUGGCCAUAGAGGCACUCAAGACCAAGCUCUUCUCCUUUUACUACCAACAGGAAAAGGACCUUUUUUUUAAAUGCAGGAGAAGUCAUAAGAUGAGUGGAGACCGAAGUGAGAAAAUACGAUCCUAUAACUUUAUAAAUGAUUUUGUUACUGACCAUCUGAGCAAUGUGCAGUACCCUGGGAUUGAUCUGUUCUUCAGGGGUGAUGGCCUCCUUCGCCUCGUCGAUCACCACAGGAGGGUUUUCUACCGGCACCUCGUCGACGAGACGUUGCGCUUUAUCUUGGCCCGCACGCAGGAGUGA